GCAGUGUCGAACCCUACGCACCCACUUCAAUAAACAAAACUUUCGAACUCAACAAACAACCCGAAUCGCAAAUCGAAUCAAAUCCUCCAUCGGAGCUCCGGCACCGUGUUAAGGCUCCAGCCGUGGCUCCCUCCGGCCCACGAUCGAACGGCCUCACCCGUAGAAAAUCAGCUCCGUCGUCCACUUUCGUAUCCGCCCAGAAAUCGGGAUCCGCCCGAAAAGUUUACAGGGAGUCUGUAAACUCGUCUUCCCGUUCUAAUCUUAGCUCACCGUUUUGGCAGAGUACUUGGUUUAUAUCGAUAUUGCUAGCAAUGGCAGUCUCAUUUUUCGCACUCGCAAUUUACCUUUUGCUCACGCUAAACUCUGAUUACACAUCCACUCCUGUUUCUGCUGCUUCCGAAGGCGUUCAGAUUACAUAUGGAUCGACAGUCAAACUGAUGCAUGAGCGAACAAAGUUUCGGCUACAUUCACAUGAUGUGCCAUACGGCUCUGGCAGCGGGCAACAGUCGGUUACUGGUUUCUCUAGUGUUGAUGACUCUAACAGUUACUGGCAGAUUGUUAGGCCUACACUAGACUCAUCUGCAAAACAAGGAGAUACAAUUAAAAGUGGAACUAUCAUUAGGCUGCAACACAUGAGGACCAGGAGAUGGCUGCAUAGCCACUUGCAUGCAUCCCCGAUAUCUGGCAACCUUGAGGUUAGUUGCUUUGGAGAUGAUGGUAACUCUGACACUGGUGAUUAUUGGAGACUAGAGAUUGAGGGAAAUGGAAAGACUUGGAGGCAAGACCAAAGGGUGAGACUUCAUCACGUAGACACUGGUGGAUACCUACACAGUCAUGACAAGAAAUACACCCGUAUAGCUGGCGGACAGCAAGAGGUUUGUGGUGUCCGGGAAAAGCGUGCUGAUAAUGUUUGGUUGGCAGCAGAGGGGGUGUACCUCCCCACUUCCGGUAGCAAAUGAUGAUCGCCUGGAUAGCACAACUAAUGCAUAGUCCAACUCGUCUUUUAUUGUUGUUAUCAUUAUAGUCAUCCCCAUUUUCCCCAGCUCUCGCCUAUUUCCACUUACAUUAGCGAUGUAACCGUCUGAAUGAGAAUAGUUAAUGCAGUUUUGAUAGUGACAUUCGAACGUUGAUCGAAAUAAGUAACUGCUAGCAUCUAGAAUUGCUGCAAUUUUAAUACAAAUUUA